GGGCAUCGCGGGAACAUCAACUGCUUCAAGUUUUCCCCAGACUGCCAGCAAGUUGCAUCUGGUGGUGAGGACAAGUCGUUGAGGGUCUGGGAUGUCAAAGAGGGAACUGAAUUGGCUUCGCACAAGCCUGGCAAGGCAGCGCCCAUCCAUGCUCUCAGCUACAGCCCGUGCGGGAAGAACAUUUUUGUUGCGAGAGACGACCGCACUGUCAGCGUUCACUGCUCGUCAACAUGCAAGCAGCUAGGCAUGCCAUGGCUCGGGCACACUGGCCCCGUUUACACUGUAGCAUGCAGCCCGUUCGGUGACAUCGUGGUGUCCGGAGGAUCUGACUUCAGCCUCAGGAUCUGGGACGCUGAGAGUGGUAAGACUCGAGGAGCUUGGGAGGGCCACACGGGUGCCAUUCGCAUCGCUGAAUUCAGCCCGAGUGGGAACAUCAUCGCGACGGGAGGUUAUGACCGCAUGAUACGCUUGUGGGACGUUCGGUCAGCAAAACAGAUAGAAAAUAUCUGGGCCCCGAUGAAAGGGCACACGGCAGCAGUGAGGACACUCGCGUUCAGCCCUUGCGGGACGAAGCUGUCGAGUGGAGGGGCUGAUACGACAGUGCGUGUGUGGGAGCUGGGCUCAGGAAAGCAGAUCGGAGGAGGUUCCUGGAGGGCGCAUGCAUACUCUGUGUACGGAGUCUGUUUUGACAAGACCGGCAAGUUUUUGGCGAGUGCCAGCUACGACAAGACUGUCAAGAUUUGGGAUCUUUCUACU